UUCUUCGGCCUUUCCAUAAAACUAUUUUCCUUCAGAUAAGGGAGGUAGGUCUACGCUGCUGCACGAGAGGAUCAAAAUGGAGAGGAAACUCCUUGUAGUCUUUCCCAAGGUCGCCUGGAUUCUACUUCUCUACUUGGGUUCCUGCAAAGUUAAAUACGUCUCUUGCUUCGAUGAAACACGAGAAGCUGAACCAGAGUGUACUAUAACGGCUGAAUGCAAUGACGUUGGUGGCAUGUGCACCUUUGACCACGAUGAAGUUCAGUGCGAUUUCACAAAUUCCGUCAUCUGUCAAGAUUUCGGAUGCAGUUGUUGUAUCAAUUGCACGAACCAAGCCAACGCAAGAUGCAGAAGGAAGUACGCGGGGUCUUGCAAAAAGGCUUGUGACGAGACUGAGUUGGAGAUCUCUGACUGCGAAGCCGGUUGCAAGUGUUGCGGCUGCAAGAUCACGCAGGCAUGCAUCAGCAAAGGGGGAUAUUGCAAAGUGGGAAAGAGAGGUUGCAAUGGCAGGGUGACGAAACAGUGUUUCGGGAGGAAUUGCUACUGUUGCAUCCCAGAUGAUCCUUGUCCGGAGACCUUGGCGUGUGAAGAAAGUGGCGGUCAUUGUGCUGUAAACUGUUCAGCCGGAGAGGUCGGCCGCCCUGGGAUCGUUGAAUCUCGAUCGAUUGGUUUCCAUAUCUUCUUGACAGAUCCGUGUGAGAAUACGAUCAGCUGUGCUUCCAUGAACGGUCACUGCAACUCGUCAUGCGCAGAUGAUGAGAUUCCUCUGCCUGACCUCUGUCAUGCAGAAGACUGUUCCUGUUGUGUCAAAGAGGAGUGCACGCAAAGUAAAUGCUGCAGCUUUUCUGGAGGGAGAUGCGACCGGGCUUGCAACGAUGGAGAAGUUGCAGAAGAAGAUCUUUGUGCUGGAGGCUGUGUUUGUUGCUUCCAAGACACGUGCCCGGACAGCCCCAAGUGCCAGGCGCUGGACGGGCGCUGCGUGGAGAGCUGUGAGGCCGACGAGCUGGCCGUCCCGUGGCUCUGCGGAGGCGAAAACUGCACCUGCUGCGUCAAGAACAACUGCAACCAGACCAAGUGCUGCGAAGCCUUCGGCGGAAGCUGCGGCAAAGUGUGCUACGAAGGCGAGGCGUCCAUCGAGGACGUGUGCGAAGGAACGUGCCAAUGCUGCGUCAAGGCCCCGUGUGAGCAGAGCAACUGCUGCACCGUACUGGGCGGCAGCUGCAACGCCACGUGCGGCCGAGGCGAGAGAGCCGUCGAGGGCGUCUGCAACGGAGAGCACUGCCUCUGCUGCGUGCCAGCUCUCAAUUUUGGCAAUUAUGAGUAUUCAGCAAUGAUCCGUGUGAAAUACGAUCAGCUGUGCUUCCAUGAACGGUCACUGCAACUCGUCAUGCGCAGAUGA